CCCAGAACACCCUCUUCUCCUGAAGUGUCGUGAACGCGCAUGUGGGCUGCUAUUAAAUGGGCGGACUUGGAUGCGCGGGCGCGCUGACGGCGGCUCCGGUGGUUUUUAGGGGCAAAUAAAAGUGCGUGACGCGCCGGCUGGCCCGCUAAAGUCUAGUUCCUCUGCUGUCUGAGACCGAGCCGGACCAGAGCCGACCCGGACCAGAGCUGAACCAGGACCAGGAGGAUCGGAGCACAGCGCGGCUCAAUCAGCCGCGCAGCGGGGAAUAGCGGACAGUGAUUGCGCAAGCCUCUACCCGCCGGUCUUGCGUGGGAUGCUGGAGAGCGGAGGCAGCAGGGGUGGAGAUUUGAUGCCACUACUUGGCAACAUUAACAGGUGUUGCGUAUAGUCAGACAUGGGGGAUUCAAUCUUCAACUGCUGUUAUGUCCCACCUCGUCCCCCAGGCGAGGAGGAACCGCUUAGGUCCCGGCGCGCAGAGAUCAUGGCCUCCAACUCGGCUCGCAUCUCUCCAGAUAAGCGCUUCCUCAUCUUCUUCGACUUCGACGAGACCAUCGUGGAUGAAACCAGCGACGACAUGGUGGUGCAGGCGGCCCCGGGCCAGCACCUGCCCGAGUGGCUGAAGGACACCUACCAGCCCGGCCGGUACCACGAGUACAUGCAGCGCGUCCUCGCCUACCUGGCGGAGCAGGGCGUCACGGAGAGCGACAUGCGGGGCAUCAUGGAGAAGAUCCCUGCCACCCCGGGCAUGCUGCCCCUCUUCCAGUUCCUGCGCACCCGGCCGGUGCACGACUUCGAGGUGGUGCUGCUCUCCGACGCCAACGCCUUCUUCAUCGAGUCGUGGCUGCGCCGCGCCGGGGCGCGCCAGCUCUUCCACCGCGUCUUCACCAACCCGGCCACCUUCAACAAGGACGGCCGGCUGGUGCUGCGGCCCUUCCACUCGCACGACUGCGUGCGCUGCCCCGACAACAUGUGCAAGCAGGCGGUGGUGCGGGAGUACGUGGCGCGCAGGACGCAGGAGCGCGCCGGCCGGCCGUACCAGCGCGUCUUCUACGUCGGGGACGGGGCCAACGACUUCUGCCCGGCGCUGUCCCUGGGGCCCCGGGACGUGGCCUUCCCGAGGAGGGACUUCCCCAUGCACCGGCUCAUCACCGAGACCCACGAGGCCACGCCGGGGGAGUUCAGGGCGGUCACGGUGCCGUGGGCCAGCGGGGAGGAGGUGGCGCAGCGGCUCAGGAAGCUGGUGGCAGAGUAGAUCAGAGCAGGGAAAAGCUUAAAACGGCCAGUUGACACUUUAAGUUAAGUUUAUUCUCAGGUAAAAUAGCCCCACAAAGUGUUGUUCAAGGCAAUAAAAGAAUGGCACUGUAUGUAACCAAGGCGCGUAAAUGCGUAAUUGUCAUGGUGCCAAACUUGCCCGAGCGAGUUGAGCUGGACCGAAGUUCACAGCAGAAAUAAAAGAUUUGCCUAAAAACAACACGUUAAUGAUUAUCGGUGCAUGACUCAGAUGAGAGGAAAUCAGUGCCAAGGCAAAUGAAAAUCUAGAAUAAUGUUACUAAUUCUCCUAAGUAAUGCCAAAUCUUGGUUAUUCUGCUGAAAAACACGUUUUCCUAACUCGUUCUGCGGGGAAUUAAUUGGGCGAAUUCACUUUCGCAAUCCAUUAAGAUGUUUUAAUGACAAAUAACUGCUUGUUUCUGAAUAAUAACUGUGUUAUCAAGCAAACAGUAUUUUCUGAAUACAAAAUACUCUAUUAAAUUAUACUGACAAUAAAUCUGAUGGCAACCGACAUUGAAACGGACCAAACAAUGUUUUUACCCGUAUGCCUGUCAGUUUGUCAAAUUCAGAAUUGUAUUUUGAGUUAUAUUUUAUUGUAUACCCUGUUUGUCAGUUUGUUUUUAUUGUGUAGGCUUGGCCUACUGACCAAAGAAUUCUACCAGCAGGAAUAAAGCCAUCACCUGAAA